AUGCAGAAACGGAUGGUGAGCGUGGAUCCGUUGGCAUCGGAACGCUGGCGAAGUGUCCGACGACUGACGGACCGCGCCUCCGCCUACACGGUCGACUGGUUCCGUCCGGGCGAGCACAACUUCGACUGUCUCCAAAAAUCGCGGAUUCUGGUGAUCGGAGCCGGCGGAUUGGGCUGCGAGCUGCUCAAAAAUUUGGUAGGUGUUCAAUAUCGGAUGAUGAAUGUUCAGAUAAUGCGAAAAAUCGAUAUUUUCUAUAGUUUUUAUAAAAAUUAAAAAAUUUCAGGCUCUUAGCGGAUUCCGUGAAAUUGACGUCAUCGACAUGGACACCAUCGACGUCUCCAACCUGAAUAGACAGUUUUUAUUCAGGUUUUACCCGAAAAUUCAAGAUUUACCCAAAAAAUUCGCGAUUUGCAGAGAAUCCGACGUCGGACACUCGAAAGCCGAAGUGGCGGCCGCGUUUGUACAAAAACGGGUAAAAGGAUGUCAAGUCACUGCGUACGUGUCAAAAAAAUGCGAAAAUAUUAGAUUCUUUGCCUUUGCAGCCACAACUGUCGAAUCGAAGAUAAAAGCCCAGAAUUUUACCGCAAAUUCUUCAUGAUCAUUUGCGGAUUGGAUUCGAUUCCGGCGAGACGAUGGAUCAACGGAAUGCUGGUAAAAACUAGUUUUUUACUACAGGCUUUUCAAAUUACCCGAUUUUCAGUGCGAUUUAGUGCAAGAAAACGCGGACGGCUCGAUCAACAUGAACACGAUAAUUCCGAUGAUCGACGGAGGGACUGAAGGCUUCAAAGGUACCGCCUCCUGUCUACAGUAACCCUCUUCCACUCAAAACACAGGCAACGCCCGUGUAAUCUAUCCCCGAUUGACGGCCUGCAUCGACUGCACCAUCAACCUCUACCCGCCACAAGUCAACUUUCCGUUGUGCACCAUUGCACACACGCCCCGUCUUCCCGAGCAUUGCAUCGAGUACAUCAAGGUCAUCGAGUGGCCCAAGCAGCAGCCUUUCGACGGUCAGAACACGGGAAAACCACGAAUUUCCGUCUUAAAAUUCGAAAAUGUGAAAUAAAAACAGCGCGAGGUUUUUGAACGGAAAUUGAGCAUAAUACCAGAGCCUGGACUUUAGACCCACUUGCAAUAAUCCUAUGUGGUACAAACCUUGCAGGCUUCUUAGACUUGGAUUAAAGUGUUCUCGGACUAAAUUUCAGACCGAUCCGAUUAUCUGGUCCCGAGAUAUACAGGUUGACACCGGAAAGUCCGAGAUUUUGCAAAAAUUGCGGCUGUUUAGGCCUCAAACGAGUAUAUCUCGGGACCAGAUAGUCUGAUCAGCCUGAAACUUAAACCCAAUGUACUUCAAUCCACGCCCGAAAAACCAGCAAAGUUUGGGUUUGAUCGGAGUAUCGCAAGUUGUUCAAAAGUCAAGGCAUUUGAAACACCUAUACCAGAAAAACAGAGAUUUUGCAGGAGCACAGCUGGACGCGGACGACCCGUCGCACGUGGAUUGGGUGCUGGAACGGGCGGCGGCACGCGCGGAACACUACAAUAUCCGCGGUGUGGACCGUCGUCUCACUUCGGGAGUGCUCAAAAGAAUCAUUCCGGCGGUCGCCUCCACGAAUGCAGUCAUCGCCGCCUCGUGUGCGUUGGAGGCACUCAAACUCGCUACUAAGUCCGUCUUUUUCUGGAACUUUGAAAAAAAAAAGUGAAAGUUUUGCAGCAUCGCGAAACCAAUCGACAAUUACCUGAACUUCACGCAGUUGGACGGCGCGUUCACUUGCGUCGUUUCGAUGGAAAAGGACCCGAACUGCCACGUGUGCAGUGGCGGACGCCUUCCGGUCCAAGUGGCGCCAGAGGACACACUCGAGUCCCUCCUCAACAGGCUCAUCGAUCGAUAGUCAGUUGAACUUCUUUUGUUGAAACAUUUUUGUAGCGGGCAUGUCAAGACAUGUUUUACCCCGUAAUUGGAACGUUUAGGUUCCCCCGCCAGUGCAAAGUGGGGGCUUUUAUUUAAGAACAGAGUACUACUGGGCGCUAGAUUAUCCAGGACACUACAUUUGGGAAAUGCGGGCUUUCAACAACAUGGCCGACUCAUUUUAAAUGUCGAAAAUGUUAAUGUUUGCAGUCAUCUGAAGAACCCGACGCUGGAAAUUGCGUCGCGCAAGCUCUACUGCAUCAGUCUGCUUCUUCCGCAGCUGGAAGAAGAGAGCAAGAACAAUCUGCUCACGCCCAUCAAAGGUACUGUUUUUUUUUCAAAAUUGAACAAAUAAAUCGAUAUUAUAGAUCUGAUACCGGACGGCUCGGAAAUGCUGGUUACGGACGAGGUGCUCUCGCGCGCCAUCACCCUCCGCAUCAAUUUCGAGUGA